AUGUCCAAAUCGAAGGCUUCAAGCAUCGCCGAUGGGGCCGAACGAGCGAGUCAAACCGGAGUCCAGACGAGAAGCGGAGCAUCGACGCGCCCCGCGGCUCCACCGGUCGAAGAACAGGAGGAAAACCCCAGGGAAACCGCCGAAACGUCCGAAACAGAACAAACCUCGACGGAACGAACCUCUACCACCGCCAGCGAGAAAACAGCAGUAGAAGAGGACUCACGACGGAAGAAGCGUGCGCCUCAGGGAAAGGAAAGCAGGAGGAAAAUUUUGGAAGCUGAGGAAAAGCUGGCGGAACUGAAACUGGCAGAGGCACGUGCAUCGCUCGCCCUCGCAGAAGCCAAGCUGGUCAGGGAAAAGGCCAUGUUGGCCUGCGGAGACGAGGAGGGAAACGAGGUAGCAGAAAAGGAAACGGACAAGGUGGAAGAGUGGCUGCAAGGGCAAACCAUUAACCCUGCGGCCGAGGAAAAAGAAAAGCAGAACGAAAAUGAAGAAAAGAAAAAUGAAAAUUCGGAAAAUGAACCGGAGCACAGAAAAGCUGAAGAAAAACAGAAGAGCAGCGACAUCACUUCGCUGGCGGCGGCGCUCACACAGGCCGUCCGCAUGUCAAGAGACGCCCCCAGGUUUCUCCAAGAGCUUCCCCCGUUCGCCGGACAUUCGACGGGGUGGCUCGGCUACAGGGCGGCGUACUACGAGACUGAAGAAAUGUUCUCGCACACCGAGAAUACUAUGAGGCUAAGAAGAAGCCUCAAGGGAGCAGCCCUCGAAGCGGUCGAGAGUCUACUCAUCAGCCAACCGGAGCCGCGAGCAGUCAUCCAGGCGCUGGAAAGAAGAUUCGGCCGUCCAGACACACUGGCGAUGGGUGAAAUACAGAAAAUCAAGGCGUUGGGCAGGCUGAGUGACAGCCCGCGCGAACUCUGCAUAUUUGCUAACAAGAUAGCGAAUGUGGUGGCCACGCUGGAGACACUUAAAAAGGUACACUAUAUGUUUAAUCCUGAAUUAGUGAAAAGUAUUGUAGAAAAGCUGCCGCCCAUUCUGCGCAACAAGUGGUACGAUUUUGCCGCAAGAAGAAAAGAAGAUACGUCGGACUUGAAGAAGAUGACCCUGUUCCUCAAUGAAGAAGCCGACAAAUGCAGUGCGUAUGCGCUGCCCGAGGAGACCGAACCUCACCCGGAGAGGCCCCAGAGAAGAAGACUGGAACGGGCUUUCGCCACAGAGGUAAGUGGCAGGAAAAGGUGCCCGAUGUGCCAGAACGAACACCACUUGACGGAGUGCAAGCAGUUCCUCGGGGCCCCUGUGAACGAGCGCUGGAACAUAGCGAAAAAGAACCGCAUCUGUUUUCAAUGUUUGCGGAGCAACCACCGCCGAGGGGGCUGCGGGGCAAAGAGGUGUAGUGUCAACGGGUGCGGCAUGGCGCACCACCGCCUGCUGCAUCACUCCAGACCACCGGCAGACCAGCAACAGCCGACGGCGCCGCCACAGGCCAUGGAAGCAGGGGAGGCAGCGACCGUGGAAAUAGUGAGCAGCACCAACUGCCUUCAGGAACGACAAGCCUUCCUAAAGGUCGCUCCGGUCACGGUCUUCGGCAAGAACAGCACCAGAAUAGACACCUACGCACUCAUGGACGACGGCAGCACAGUGACACUCAUCGAUGAAGACCUGGCGGAGCUCCUCCACCUGGACGGGCCUCGCCACGACAUGUGGGUGCAGGGCCUCAGUGAUACAAAGAAGUACGAAAACAGCAAAAAGGUAAGCUUCAAGAUAAGGGGGCGCCACUGUAAAGAAGAGUACGGCGUGGGGAGUGCAAGAACAGUAAAGAAACUGCUAUUCACGCCGCAGAAAAUUCGCAAGGAAGACCUGCACCACUGCGCGCACCUGAGGGGCCUUGAAGACCACCUGAUGUACGAAAAUGCGCGCCCGAGAAUCCUGCUGGGUCAAGACAACUGGGAGUUGCUGCUGGCCCUCGAGACGAAAACGGGAAGGAGAAACCAGCCGGUCGCAUCCCACACACGACUCGGUUGGGUGCUGCACGGAUACAGGUCGUCACAUACGCAAACUAUAGCCUUCUGUGGCCACACAGUAGCCAAAAAGGUGGAGAAGACAGAAGACAAUAUGGAAAACAUGAUGAAGAGGUUUUUCGACCUGGAAUCACUUGGGAUCGAAGCCAGAAAACAGAAAAAUGACCCAGAAGAGCGUGCGCUGGAGAUACUUAAGAAAAACAGUCGAAGACUUCCUGAUGGGCGCUUCGAAACCGCGCUGCUCUGGAAGGACGAGAAGGAAGUCAUUCCCAACAACUACAACGAUGCCUGGAAGCGUCUCAGGUCCCUGGAAAAGAAGCUGGAUCGAGACCCGGGCCUGAAAGAAAAAUACGAAGAAAGAAUAAACAACCUGCUGGAAUCCGGAUACGCAGUGCCAGCACAGGAGCCACCGGCAGCAGGGAGAACAUGGUACUUACCUCACUUCGCCGUGUGCAACCCAGCGAAACCAAAAAUCAGGUUAGUACACGACGCCGCGGCCAGAUCCCAUGGCCGCAGCCUCAAUGACAUGCUGCUCUCCGGCCCCGACCUUCUUCAGUCGCUGCCAGGAGUCAUCAUGAGGUUCCGCCGACACUCUGUGGCGGUAACCGCGGACAUCAAGGAGAUGUUCAUGCGCAUCCGCGUCCGGAAAGAAGACCGGGACGCACUCCGCUUCCUGUGGAGAGCUUCCCGAGUGAAGAAGAAGCACUGGAGACAUCGCAUGGUCCACCGGCACGCCGGGUUCGAGCUGCGAGGCUGGACAUCGAAUAGCGAAGCCAUACGCCGACGUCUCGGGAACGACCGAGACUCCAAGGAGGUCCCUGUGGGAGAAGACUGCGCGGACAAGACGCUGGGAAUAUGGUGGGAAGCGCAUGAAGACCUGCUGCGCUUCAACCUGAACGAGGCGAAGAUACCUCGCACCAUCAUGAGCGAGGAGCGGGCCCCCACGAAGCGUGAAGCCCUCAGUGUCGUGAUGUCAUUGUUCGAUCCGCUCGGACUACUGUCACCGCUCACCAUGCCCGCCAAGAAGUUCAUGCAGGAGACCUGGAGGUACGGCACCGGAUGGGACGAGCCCAUACCGGAGCAGCUCAUCCCCGAGUGGACGGCGUGGACGAGAGAUCUACAACAAGUAAGAAAACUAAAGAUUCCCCGCUGCUACAACCUGCAACCUGAAAUGGUAAGUGAAAUGCAUACCUUUGUCGACGCGAGUGAAGAGGCAUACGCCGCAGCUGUCUACAUUCGCAUGGUGCGCGAGGACGGAGCAGUACACACGGCGCUCGUGGCAGCCAAAAGCCGCGUAGCCCCGCUGAAGCCGACGUCCAUCCCGCGCCUGGAGCUGCAAGCUGCUCUACUGGGUACCCGCCUCGCGAAGACUGUGGAGAAAGAACUAGAAGUCGAGCUGGUAAGGAAAACAUACUGGAGCGAUUCCCGCACAGUGCUGGCGUGGAUACGCGCCGAGCCGCGGGCCUACAAAACGUUCGUCGCGCACCGCCUCGCCGAAAUAGAGGAAACAACGAAAGUCAGCGAGUGGCGAUGGGUGCCGACGAAAGAAAACGUGGCCGACGACGCGACGCGCGCCACACCCACGGACUUCGGAGCCGCCCACCGAUGGUUCAGCGGGCCCGAAUUCCUGAAAAAAGAAGAAAAAUUCUGGCCGGAAGAAGGAAAACCGGCGGAGAAAACGGACACGGGUGAAGAAAAGUGUUUUGUCGUACGAUACAUCGCGCUACAAGACAGCUUACCCGACAUCGAACGCAUAGAAAAAUGGAAGACGUUGAUACGAGCUACAGGUCGUGUACUGCAGUUCAUUGACUUCUGUCGUUCCCCGCGAGAAACAGUGGCAGCUGUGCGACAACGCACAAAGAAAAAUAAAGAAAAGGAUGCGGCCUGGGACUCGCGGCGAUCGAAGAAAGGAAAAUCCGCGACACAAAUGGAUCCAGUUACGCGAAGAAAAUACGUCGCACUCGACGCACAGUACCUCACUCGUGCCGAGGCACUCUGGCUGCGCCGAAUGCAAGAAGAAUCCUAUAGCGAAGAAAGAAAACGAAUGGAAGAAAACCGUUCUCCAGCGGCGGGAGACCGCCUCGCCUCGCUGAGUGUCCACCUGGAGGAGGGCCUCAUCAAGCUACGGGGUCGAGUAGCAGCCGCAGAAGACAUCAGCCGGGAAACCAACAACCCGGUUAUCAUGGAUGGCAGCCACAGGUACACGAAAUUAUAUAUCCAACAGAUACACGAAGAAAUGCACCACGGCGGAGUAGAAGCAACCGUGAACGAGAUCCGGCAGAGGUUCUGGGUGACCCGGAUACGCCCCACAGUCAAGGGUGUGAUCCGGGCCUGCCUGGCCUGCCGCAUACGCCGAGCCAAGCCGACGCGUCCGGCCACGGGCGACCUGCCCGUCGCCCGGCUGGCGCACCACGCGCGGCCAUACACCUUCACAGGGCUUGACUAUUUCGGCCCUGUGGAGGUCACCGUGGGCAGACAUCGAGAGAAGAGAUGGGUGGCCCUCUUCACAUGUCUCACCAUGAGGGCCGUCCACCUGAAGGUGGUGACGUCUCUCAGCGCCAACUCCGCCAUCGCAGCACUGCGGAGGUUCGUCGCCCGACGAGGACAACCGACUGAACUAUGGUCGGACAACGCGACCUGCUUCAAGGCCGCCGAGAAGGAACUACAACAAGAAUGGGAAAAGUAUAAGAGCGAAGUCAACGCCCGCCGCAUCAACUGGCGGUACAUCCCUCCGUCCGCCCCCUUCAUGGGCGGUGCGUGGGAGCGGCUGGUGCGGAGCGUGAAGGAGUCCCUGCGAGUCACUCUACACGAGCAGCAUCCGAGCGACGAGACCCUCUACACACUCCUUGAGCCCGAGGCCUUGACCCCCAACCACAUACUGCUGGGGUCGGGCUGCCAUGUACCUGCUCCAGGAAGAUUCGAAGAAGAAAAGACAUCGGCGCGGCAGCUGUGGAAGCGCGCGCAGCACCUGGCGGACGUGUUCUGGCGGAGGUGGGUAAGGGAGUACCUCCCACUCCUCCAGCACCGCCGGGAGCCACAUACCCGAGGCUCCGAUCCCGCGGUGGGUGACGUCGUUAUCAUAUGCGACUCGAACCUACCGCGCAACAUCUGGCCACGCGGGAAGAUCAAGAGGACAUAUCCAGGCAAGGACGGCGUGGUACGGGUCGUGGACGUGGAGACCGCGAACGGCCACGUUCUCCGGCGGCCCACCAAGAAGAUCGUCGUGCUACCGGGGGUGUCGCCUGCGCGACCGGCGGGAGAAAUGUGCACGACAGACAGUAAAUAG